AUGGAUUGGGAAAAGUAUGAAGAUGAAAGAAGAAUUGGGUCAGUUACAGCUGCUGUUAAUGUGUAUGGAGAGAUGAUUCAUGCUGGAAAAUUUUUCAUUGAGAAAAACCAGGGAGGAUUUUCCAGAGAGCUUCACAUGGAAAGAAUAAGCAUGAAUAGAUACAUAGAGAGUAGAAACACUGUAGAAUCGAAGGCUGUGGCACAAUUUGAGCUAUCCGUUUCAAGGGAAACGAUCAAGGAUAAUGCUUCAAUGGUGAAUGAAUCAGAUUUUAAGGCUAAGUCAAGGGUGGGAGAUGUUGAGUCUUCAAGGAAAAAUGGGUACCUUGAAAACAAAGUAAUGGUUGUCAAAGACAGGAGUAUUGAAAAUUAUCAGUAUGAAGAAGUGAUGAGAGAAUUGGAAUUGGUGAAACAAGAAUUGAGUGAACUUAAGCUCGAUAUGGCAUCUGUUAUGGAAGAGAAAGCAAGAGCAAAGAAGGAAUUUGAAGAUUCAAGCUCUAGAAUGAGGUCUAAUGGUGCCUCUGUUGAAGCAUUUAGGGAACAAAUUGAGGCAGCUAAUGAAUAACAUGUGCUAGUUGAGUUGGCUCAGAUUGAAGCUCUGAAAGAAGCUGAAGAAAUCGAAGCCCAAAUAGUGAAAGAAGCCGGUGAGUUCUCUCUUCGGAUGGAGGAAACAAAGAAGAAAAUGAUGGACAUAAUUGAAGAGAUUGAUCAGUCAAAAGAGUUGGAAACAAAAUUGGCUGCAACUUUGUCUGAUAUUAGUCUCUUACAAGAUGAGCUGAAGCAAGGGACCAGACAAUGUGGUUCCGAGAGGUGAUGAUAAUUGCUUGGAGCAACAAUAUGAUAGUUUUCAUAAUGUUGAAAGAGUGGAACCUUCAGUUUCCUUGGAAUUA